GGAAAUACUGUGGUCACUAGAGCAGCCUAGUCAUGUACGCUGGGCAGUGUUUACGUUUCAGCAUGGCCCCACAUCGGAAAUGGGACCACAAUUCCCAGUAUAAAUCCGGGCGUUGCUGGCCCUGUGGGCAGCCACGACAAUGACGAAAAAGUACUCUUCCUACUCCCAAACCGAGCCAACGCAUCUGGAACAUCUCUCUCCAGUCACCUCCAGGAGAAACUCUUUGGAGGAACCCCCACUUAGAAAAUUUGACGACAUUGUAGCCUUUGAGCAGUAUCUCAAGGAUGAGACCUGGGACAAUGAGUUCGACUAUUUCCACCUCAAGGUGAACUACCUACCCCCAUUUGUUCUACACAGCAUCCACGACAACCCGGAGAAGAUCAAACCCACCAUGAACUCGCGCUCGCGCAAGUUUGUCAGACACCUGGGCCACCACAUCAAGAGACACUUGCUCUCGGAGAUCAACUAUUACACCGGUGUGAACUACAACUUCGAGAAGGCGGUUGUCGAGCACAGGCCGGACGGAAGCAUUAUGUUUCAUUUGCAUGACUACUCGGACCACGGCUACGGCGAGGAGACCGACAAGUACAACAGACACUGGAAGGUGGAUCUGGACGUGAGGUGCAACCCCGAAAAUCCUUACGUGGAGGUUGACAUGAAAAGCGUCCCCGUGUAACUAGGUAAACGAUAUAUAAUGAUUGAAUGACUCUGCUACACUGUCACACCUCGACAGAUUUGACGUGGUGGUGCUCAAGCUUGUUUUCGUGGACCUCGCUCGAGGUGCCCGUGCCAACCACGCCUGUUCCGCCGUUGUACGAAACGCCCGAGUCCUUUCUGUCCCUAACAUAUUCUUCCAGCCCGCCGUCGUACUCGGCCAUCUCGUAGAAGUCCAUGCCCAUUUCCUCGGCCUCCUCGAUGCCCUUGAGCUUGCAGCCGGGGAUUUUGUCCACAACGAAGCAGAUUGCGUACGUGGCCACGAAACUCCACACGGUGAUGCUGAUCCAGCCAGCAAACUGGUAGCCCAUCUGCUUCCAGUGGUGGUAAAUCCAUCCGCCGGGAAUCUCGGUCACGCCGUCCAAACCAGCCACGUACGGCGAGGCAAACACCCCGAGACAGAUCGACCCGAGAAUGCCGCCAAUUCCGUGCACCACGAAGGAGCGGGUGGUGUCGUCAAUGCCCAGCCACUCGUUCACGUUGUAGAGCAGGCGACAGCACGCAGCAACAAAGGCAGACGUGAUAAACGACCAGUAUGGCGUGUAGAAGCCGCAGCUCGGGGUGAUGUUGACGAGCCCCACAACGGCACCCUCGCAGGCGGCCGCGAGACUCCACUUACGCUCGAACAUGAAGUCGACCAAGGUGAAC